AUGGUUCCAGAAGACCUCGAUGUUCAGAACUUCAGGAGCAGCACUCCAGGAAGCUCAGCACCCCAGAUAGCGAAGAUAGCGCCGCACGGAAGUAAAUCUCUGCUGCCUACAUCUGCCAAAGAGUCCAAAACUCUCGGAUAUGGACUAUCAGUCGGAGCCAGCCAUUUUGUCAACCUAGAAAGCUCAGAAAAAUGGGAGAAGACGUUCAAUCAAACAAGAAACGACGCUGCGAGAGUUCCUGGUGGUUUUCUCUGCAACGACCACGGCAAGCAAGUGGGUGCACAGUGGAUCCUUUUCGAGAACAAGUUAGUCGCCUCGGGCACACCGAGAUUUAUGCGCUUUGCUAUUCUGCUUGGCAGGGAAAAUGAUGAAGAGGAAUUCGAGUGCAAAGUCACCAUCGAUGCUAAUGGGGACUGGAAAACAGUACUGGGAGGGUUGGUUGGGUCUGCACCGCGCGAUGAUCCUAUCCUGUUUGACCCAGUUUUGCCGCCUACGAACAAGCUUCGCAAGGCUUACGAUAUCGAGAAUCUAGGAUCUCUAGACUUGGAUGAGUUUGUGGAGAUCGAGUUUGAUAAGCCUUUGAAGAAGUCGAGUGAAAGACAGGGAGGCAUUCUUGGAACCUUCGUGAACUUUCUAAGAAACACCAAGAAAUCUGAAUUGUCUGACUCGGGGUCUGAUUCUGGGUCGCCUUCGGGCAAUUCGGUUCCUUGUCGACGUCCGUCUGUGCAGCAUCAAGAUGAGAACGAAGUUAAACAAAUUGACGGUGCCGAGGGCAUAAAGGAACAAACGGAAGAGAGUGGAGAGAAUGCUGAGGAAGCAGUCUCGGAUUCAAAUCCGAGCACAGCAGCAGAAGCGGAGACCAGAGGUGAGGCUCUACAGCUUGUAUGGCAAGAGUUACUGCAAGAAAGCAAUGCGGAUAACCAGGCUACAGAAGCUCGACUUAUAGAUUUUGUAGUUAUACCUGGAGUCUAUGGAAACUCGACAGGUGAAGAACUUGGACCGAGUCCUGGUUCUGGGAGCUCAGCUUGGGUCACGAAAUUUGCCGAGGAAGGCGGAGAGAAACCUAAGAGCCCUCAAAGCAGCUGUCGGGUGUUUCGCUUCGGUUACAACUCUUCAGAGCUUUUCUCUGGCCAUAGAUCUCGAGAGGCUAUUCAACGGAUCGCAUUGAGAUUACUCAACGGGUUACGAUCAAAGCGCUGUAGCGAAACGCAGAAGCGCCUCAUAUACUUCAUCGGUCAUGAUAUCGGAGGCAUCAUCGUCAAAGAUGCUCUCAUCACAGCUUCCCUUGACAGGAACUCAUGGCAGGACAUAUCAGAGAUGACACGAGUUUUGAUCUUCAAUGGAUGUCCACACCGGCAGAAGGACUCUUUCGACUUGGAAACAAGGUUGGCUAGCUUUCUCUAUGAGAAUUACUCUCGGGACUUUGGAAAGACACGGCCUUCAGCAGCCUCAAUAUCAGGGCUUACCAAAGCUAUGAUCCAAGUGAAUGGUCUCUUCAUAGCCUCACAUGUCGCGUUGCGAUGCUGGAUAAUAAAUCUGCACUCGUAUGGAUCAAAUAGCGACGGAUGUUUUGACGCGUAUAGUGCAACAUUGGGCGUCCCCUUGGAGAAAAGACUGCCAGCUCCAACUGGAGAGGAAUACGCCUCUCUUACUCAGUAUCUUGCCAAGAUAGAGCCAGAUGUCCGGGAGCCGAAAGAGUCUAUCGGGCCACGACAGUAUGCUCAAGAGAGGAAGCUGCUUGCUCUGGCGUCUCCUAUCUAUCCUCUUCGAAACAGGGUUGAGUCCAACCCAUUGGUUGAUCUAACAGACUACAAGUCCUGGAUAAACAGUCCCUGUCCUCAAAUACUUUAUCUUCACGGUAGUCAUCGCGUCAGAGAUGUGGCCGAGAGCGUCUUUUACGCCCUCGAAGACGAAGCGACCAAAGUGAAACGCCGGGAAAACGUUCUAUACUUCUCUUUUAACAGAUUCGAUGUGCGUGCUAAUAGUAUUCGGGACAUGAUUGCAACCUUUUUGGCCCAGAUUUGCAACCAUCACCCGAAGCUCGGACCUGCUGUCAAUCGACUCUGCAGUCAGAUCGAAAAUGAGAAAGGGUGGACUGAGAUAGACCUAAUUCAGUUUUUCGAGAUGGUCAGAAUCUCAGCAGAAGUCGAACAGAUGAUGAUUGUUAUCAACCACUUUGAUAAGUGCACAAAGGGCUCACGCAAAAGGUUUUUGGACCACAUCACUGACAGGUAUUACAACGAAGAGACCCCCUGGAAGAUUGUGGUUACAAGUAAUGAGCCUGAUGCUCUGAGCGAAGAGCUAUCGGGCCCUUUUUGUGUCCCCAUUCAUAUUUCGUCUGGGGAACUGGGAGACCUCGUUAUAGACAGUUUCAAAAGCGACAUUCAAGCACUGAUAAGCUCAAGAGGUGAUCUAAACUUCAGAGAAGAGCAGAUUCGAGACGAGCUGCGGUUCAUGGAGAAGCUAGAUCCUCCAGUGCGCCACAUUAUAUGUGAACAGCUUAGAGUUCGGGAGGAAUGGCCAGACGAAAUAUCAACUGGUGACGCCCUUGGAUUAUUGAGCCUUUCUCAGCAAGCACAAGACGGUGACAAGAAUAUGGUAUCUGUGCUGUAUGCUGUGCUCAAGCGAUACCCCGACCAGAACUCUCUCGAGUGUCUUCUCUCCUGGCUCCUAUACGCUGUCAGACCACUCACAAUCUGGGAACUUGCCACCAUCGUUUCAUUUUGGGAUGAGAGGGAAUGUAAUAGAGUCUCUCCCAGCUUUAUGGCUGUGGAUAGGCUUGUUGAAAAUGUUGAGAAGGACUUUGCAGGCAUUCUCGAAGUCGAUCACAACGAGGUCAGGUUCAAACACCCGUGCUUACACGAAAUCAUGGUUAGUGGCGAUCCUUCAACCCAGAAUGGAGAAGAGAAGGAGUAUCCGUGGAACAAGAUCAAAGACAAAGCCCAUAGUCUCAUACAAAGAAUGUGCCUGGAUUACGUAUCUAGGGAUACUGUUCAAGAGUAUGUCAGAGAGACCCUUGCAGUCGCAGACUCAACAACCUUCGAGACACCGCCUUUCCCAGACCGCACGAAUCUUGUUUCAUAUGCUGUUCAAGCAUGGGUACAUCACUACUCUCUCAUCUCCCCUCUCCCAGAUCUAUCAGCCCUGUCUUCUAAGAAGGACUUGGUUCAGAUUCUGGCCAAGGCCCAAUGGUGCUUAGCAAAUCCAGCCACGAGGCGUUCUCCCUGCUUUCAAUCAUUGUUUCCAAUUUUUGCUGGACUUGGAAUUCUCAACGUAGUGGAGCCCUUGGGUAGCGAUGAUACUCUACGAGGGCUAGUUGAAGCCGCAAGUAAAGCACAGACACAGGUUGUUGAAGAUCUCCUUAGCGAAUACGAUUUUACACCUAUCGAGAUAUGGGAAGUUCUUAAGGCUGCAAGCUCUUCUGGUAAUGAAGAGCUGAUGAACGACUUGCUCGACAAGAUAGAGGCCAAGGGAAAUAUUCCCAAAGAAUUUGAGUGGCCGCCUGUUUUGAUCUAUCGGGCUGCCAAUCUGGGCCUCGAGGGCUUUGCAAAAAGGAUCCUCAGUCUUGGGUGCCCCCCAGAUCCAGAUGUUGACUGGAGAAACGAGACGUCCAUGCAAACAUCUCCACUCUGUCAGGCCGCUUGUCAUGGAUAUACAAACACUGUUCGAGUGUUGUUAAAGCAUGGCGCCAGCAUGGAAUUUACAAGCCUGUCCGGAAGGAACGCGCUUCACAAGGCUGCUCUCGAAGGUCAUACCGAGACCGUCAAAGUUAUUCUGGAAGAAUCACAAGUCAACAUUGACUGUACUUCAGAGUCAAACUCCACUCCCUUGUAUCUCGCAGUCCUUAGGGGUAAUCACGACACCGUAAAAUUAUUGUUGGAGAAAGGUGCAGACCCGAACAUGGGCAUUUCAAAUACGUACACCGGUGACGAUCAGUGGACUCCAUUGGUUGCUGCCAUUGAUGAUGGCUUCAAGAAGUGCAUCGGACUGCUUCUAGAUAAUGGUGCUAAUACAAACCUGCCAGGGCCGUCUGGUCCUCCGCUGCAUUGGGCAGUUAUUCGUGGUCGAGUCGAUGUUCUGGACAUGCUGCUCGAGGCUGGUGCUAACCCCCGGAGUGAGCUGCUCAAGGAACCUCUUCUAUUCUCGGCCGUGGGCGCUGAACUUGAGGGAGCUGGUUUAGCUAUGCUUCAGAGGCUACUAGAGCUCAAAUUGGAUGUCAAUGGCCAAGACAGUGAUGGGGUUACAGCAUUAUUGGUAGCCCUGGUCUCUUACCCGCGGCAAGGCUUCGAGGGCACCUCCUUGGGCCCUACAGACGGCUUAAGAGAUGCCGCUGUCAAGAUGCUCCUGGAACAUGGAGCUGAUCCCAACCAUCGACCAUCCAGUAGUUACUCGCCACUGAUGCGCGCCGUCUCGGCCAAACAGUACAGAGCAACUGAGAUGCUUCUAGAAGUAGGGGCAGAUCCGAACAAAAAACCCCUAGAACGGCUGCCACCUCUUAUCUCUGCCGUCUACAUACCACAAAUUGCACGACUCCUGCUCAAGCAUGGCGCGCACCCAGAAACAGGUUCCAAAGAUGGAUGGACGCCCCUAGCAUAUGCUGCGUACAAGGGAUACACAGAAACCGUCGAGGUGCUUCUCGAGUACGGGGCAUCGGUUGAUACUCCGUUUGGCGCUCCUAUAGAGCACCCUGCCCGCAUUGGCUCCUUUAUGGAGCUAUGCGAGAAAUCUGACCUCACUGGAAUGACUCCCGUUAUGUUUGCUGCAUGGCAGGGGCAUGAUGAGAUAGUUCGACUUCUGGCCGAAGCAGGAGCUGAUUUGCAGCGCACAGGUGGCAUUUUUGAAGAUGAACCUCCUGUACUCUUCAGUUCAGGUGAAGUGUUAUCGGCGCUGCUCGAAUUUCCCACAAGGAUCGAUUUGAACGUGACCGACAGAUUGAAAAGAGGUGCUCUUCACAGGCAAUGUACUACCGUUGACGGUAUGCGACGGCUGAUUAACGCUGGGGCGGACAUUGAGCUGACUGAAUCUACUGGGAACACCCCUCUGGGAUUGUUCGCCGGCUCUGACUUGGAAAAGGUCAAGUUGUUGGUCAAACGAGGGGCUAAUAUCAACCAUAUGUCUCCAUGGGAAGGCUCACCUCUACACCAAGCUUGCAAAAUUGGAUUCUCUGACUCGAUCAGGUUUCUCGUUGAGAAUGGCGCAGACCUUACUUCAGUGCAUCCGUACAAAGGCACACCAUUGCAAACGUUAUGCGCCCCGGAGGAAGCGAUUGAUGCACUACAACAUGAAGAGAUGGUGAGAUAUCUUGUGUCUGAAUAUAAGAAGCAGAGCGUGGACAUCACAACACAGAGUGGCAUCUUUGGCUACCUCGCCAACGCAGCAGCUUUUGGGAGCCCACAAGCUAUUCUUAGCCUCAUUCUUGAGCAAGAAGGCAUCAAGGUUGACGUUAGAGACGACAUGGGCCGUAUGCCAGUUCAUUUUGCAGCUUGCAAUGGCCUUCCUAGCUUCAACGAUAUCUUGGAGAGAGGUGGUGAUGUCAACGCGAAGGACAAACAGGGACGUAUGCCACUGCAUUGGGCUGUCCAAGCAGGUAAACUGCAGGUUGUGAAGAAGAUUAUUCUCCUCAUGGAUGACAAGUUGGAAAUCGAUAUCCCAGAUAUUGACGGUUGGACACCACUUUGCUGGGCUCUUCGUGGUGCUUUACCCUUGACCCAGGCUGAGAAUGUAGGGGAGCCCUCACUACGUCUGGAUGUUGUAAAGCUUCUCAUUGAGAAAGGGGUCAAGACAGCUGUGGCUGUGAGUUAUAAAGAGGAAACAUGGGCCCCUCUGGAUAUUGCUCGCUAUCACAGCGGUGAUCCAGAAAUCAUAUCCCUGCUCGAAAAUGAUCUUGAAACAACAAACAAAGACGGGGCUGAGAACAGUGACAAAGAUGAUGCGACAAGUAAAGCGCAAACGGUGGCGAAGAAGGGUGUUCGGCAAGAUUCUGCUUUCUGCGACUAUUGCCUAUCACAAAUCUACGGGUUAUACUGGGGCUGCGAGACUUGCGAAUGGUUCUGCCUUUGCUACAAGUGCUACCAGCACGUUGAUAUACUGCAUCCGGCGCAUAACAACUUUGAACAAAAGGGUGAAGAGGAGUUUGAAAAGAUUGAAGGCGAGACUUCUACAACAGCCAACUCUGAGUCUUCAGAUAAGCAGUCAAAUUCUGGGUCGAUUCUGAAGGGUCUGAAGGCGAGGACGGAGAAGGUGACUCUUAGACUCAAGGCCAAUUAUUAG